CCCGGAAGUACGUGGCCAGCCAAACCUUCACCGCAAGCUACCCUCGCCUCAAGGGCAAUGCUCUCGCAAUGUCCUACGGCCUCUGGGCCGCUAUUUUUGGCGUCAAACUUGGCGUGUCAUAUGCCUAUCUGGCCCUGUCGUUCAGGGAUCCGAUCAAAUACCUUUUCAUCAUGAAGCUCAAGUGCCAGGGCGAUUCCCUGUUCGGCACUGGCAUGGCCGAUGUCCUCUGCAAGCAGCAGGGUAUCAUUCUGCUGGGCUUGAUGGCAUUCACUGAUGUUAUUUUCUUCUUCUUGGACACCUAUCUGUGGUACGUGUUGAUGAACACCCUGUUUUCCAUCGCUCGAUCAUUCUACAUCGGUUCUUCGAUUUGGACGCCUUGGAGGAAUAUUUUCUCCCGCCUUCCUAAGCGCAUCUACUCGAAGGUACUGGCCACCACGGACAUGGAGAUCAAGUACAAGCCCAAGGUCCUGAUCUCCCAGGUCUGGAAUGCCAUCGUCAUCUCCAUGUACCGGGAGCACCUGCUUGCUAUCGACCACGUUCAGAAGUUGCUAUACCACCAGGUCCCUUCCGAACAGGAGGGCAAGCGAACCCUUCGAGCCCCUACGUUCUUCGUCUCACAGGAGGCACAAGUCUUUCAGCACUGAAUUCUUCCCCGCUGAUAGCGAGGCUGAACGUCGCCUGUCUUUCUUCGCCCAGUCGCUUUCCACCCCGAUUCCAGAGCCUCUGCCUGUGGAUAACAUGCCGACAUUCUCCGUUCUCAUCCCCCACUAUAGCGAGAAGAUUUUGCUCUCACUUCGCGAGAUCAUUCGGGAGGAUGAGCCGUACUCCCGU